CAUCAUUUUUAAGUGAAUUAUAUGAUCAUUAAAUAACUAGUUGUAGAGAUUUACAUAUGUAUUAUUAACCAGCAAUAUACAUGAUAUAGUUAGUUCAUCUACUUGAGAAGUGUAAAUUAAUAAAAAAAAAUAUCUAAUAAUUAUUAACGUUUAUUUCACAAAUUUAAUAUGAAAGUAUUACUAACGAAAAUAAUGGUUUUUAAAAUAUUAAUACUGUUAGAUAUAGUAUUGAGCUUGAAAAGAACACCACUUAUGCCAAAUUUAUCUGUUGGGAAGUACAAAUUAAAAUUCAAAGCUGUUUCAAUUUGUAAUGAAACCUAUGAUUAUCCACUAAAAUUCAAAUACUAUUUGUCAAAGGUUUCUACGUCAAAAGUCCUAUUAAUGGGAAACAUCACAUUGAAGAUUCCAUUUGAUGACAAUUUAAUUAUUGGCAUGAACUUAGCUGUAUGGUCGAAAAUUGGAGGCUGGAAAGAUAAUGCAUAUAUAUACCAAAAUAAAGAAGCAUGUUCAUCACUAAAAUUUCUUAUGGGAAAAGUGUGGAACGAAUAUAUUGAAAAGCACCAUUUUACAGAUUGUCCAAUUCAAUCGGGUUUUUAUAAAAGCAGUGGUUUUGACUUAUCAUUUUUGGACCAAGCCAAUAUUCCGAAAGAAUUCUUCUACGGCAUUUAUAAAUAUAAAAUAUAUUUCUCAAAUGAAAAGAAUGAUCAAGUUGGCUGUUUUUACAUCAUAUUCGAUUUAUUACGUCUUUGGGAAUUAUUACUAACGAAAAUAAUGGUUUAUAAAAUAUUAAUACUGUUAGAUAUAGUAUUGAGCUUGGAAAGAACACCACUUAUGCCAAAUUUACCUGCUGGGAAGUACAAAUUAAAAUAUAAAGCCAUUUCUAUUUGUAAUGAAACUAUUGAUUAUCCACUGAAAUUUAAAUACUAUUUGUCAAAAGCUUCUACAUCAAAAGUAGUUUUAAUGGGAAAUGUCACAUUGAAGAUUCCAUUUGAUGACAAUUUAAAUAUUGGCAUGAACUUAGCGGUAUGGUCGAAAAUUGGAGGCUGGAAAGAUAAUUCAUGUAUAUACCAAAAUAAAGGAGCUUGUUCAUCACUAAAAUUUCUUAUGGGAAAAGUGUGGAAUGAAUACAUUGAGAAGCAUAAUUUUACAAAUUGUCCAAUUCAACCGGGUUUUUAUAAAAGUAGUGGUUUUGACUUAUCACUUUUGGACCAUGCCAAUAUUCCGAAAGAAUUUUUCUACGGGACUUACAAACAAAAGAUAUUUUUCUUAAAUGAAAAGAAUGAUCAAGUUGGUUGUUUUUAUAUCGCAUUCGAUUUAUUACGUCCAUGGGAAUAAAAGCGUUUUUAAUUUUACAAUCAGUUUAAUUUAUUUAUUUUGUUACUUUUUGACAAAAUUAGACCUAAUGAAUACCUUUGUUAUUUUUUUAAUGUAUUAUAUUGCCUACUA